AGAUUCAGAAGGGGAGGAGCUACUUCCUGGCUCAUCGUUCUUGCUUUGACGAAGCAAAUGCAUUUUUCAGCAGUGUCAGUCGGAGUGAAGACCUGUGAACAUGUCAAGCACGGCAGCAGACAGAUGUGGAGGAAGUGUUGCUAAAGGCAACACAACACAAACAGACAGUGCGGCAUGCACUGAGAACCUAACGGAGACUGAUUUCUUCAUCAGGAGCUCUUUAGCUUUGGAUCCUGCCGAGGAGUACAAGAUGGACAACAAACAACGAGGCCUUGCACUCAUCUUUAACCAGGAGCGCUUCUUCUGGCGCUUGGGGUUAAAUGACAGGCAUGGAACCAACGCUGACCGCUACAAUCUGGAGAAAAGACUGAAGGAGCUAAACUUCGAAGUGAAAGCUUACGAUAACUACAAACAGGAGGAAGUCUUAAAUAAAAUCAGUGAAGCCGCAGAAGCCAACCAUUCAGAUGCAGACUGCUUUUUGCUCGUCUUCCUGAGCCACGGCGAGAACGAUCACGUUUACACCUACGAUGGCAAGAUCAGCAUUCAGGAUAUCACCUCCCUGUUCAAAGGAGACAAGUGCAAGAGCCUCGUAGGAAAGCCAAAGAUCUUUAUAUUACAGGCAUGCCGCGGAGACAAGCACGACAAUCCAGUGACUGCCUGUGAUGUCGUGGACAGUGAGCUGAAGACGAAUGAGGUGGUGGUUGACGCUAGCGCCGUACACACCCUGCCUGCUGGGGCUGAUUUCAUCAUGUGCUACUCUGUGGCUGAAGGGUACUAUUCCCACCGGGAGACCAUCAACGGCUCCUGGUAUGUCCAGGAUCUGUGUCAGCUGCUUCAAACGUAUGGGGACUCCCUUGAGUUCACAGAAUUACUGACGCUGGUCAACAGGAAAGUGUCGAUGAGGAGUGUUGGGAACAGUUACGACUUGAACGCCAUUGGGAAGAAGCAAGUACCUUGCUUUGCUUCAAUGCUCACCAAGAAACUCUACCUCCGACCAAAAAAGUAACAGUUUAUAAAAACUCAGUCAUAAAAUGAGCUGGUUUUAUACCUGGGAAACAGGGGCUGGGAGAUUUUCAAGAAUUUUGCUGUUUUUCUUUAGUCCUCCACUCUAUUUUUGCUCAAACAUUAUUCACAUAUGCAUUGAAUCAUCAGUCAAAUGGCAGCCGUAGUAUUUUCAGUGAAAUCAGUGGUUAUAAAAUAACAGGAACAACUUGUAUUCACGUUUUAUCUGUGUUUUAAGCUCCAAACGUCUCCUUCCAAGCAGCGCUGCCUGGAAGGCACUAGGAUUAGGCAAUGGUUAUGGUUAGGUUAGGGUUAAAACACAACGCCCGGGAUGGGCGCUGCGAGGGGCACGGGCACAAGGGGACUACUUAAGGUUAGGGUUAGUUGCCUUGAAGUUAACGGUCGCAGCGCUGCCUUGAAGUCGAUUAGGCAAUGGUUAGGGUUAGGUGCCUUGAAGUCGAUUAGGCAAUGGUUAGGGUUAGGUGCCUUGAAGUCAAUGGUCGCAGCGCUGCCUGGAAGGAGACGUUGGGGGCUUAAAACACCAUCGAGCUGUAUUCACAUGCUGACUAUUUCUGGCCUCAGGCCAUCACUCCACUUCCGAAACCUAAUGCCAUGCAUUUGUCAUGUAAAGUUUCUUCUGGAGAAACCAGAUUUCUUGGCUGGGUUUAACCCUGACCUGGUUUAUAAAGGGCUUUCAGUGUUUUGCAUUUGCAUGACAGAGAAUCAAAAGAGGGAAAGUAUCUGUAGAGGGUGAAGGAGAAAUCUGAUAUUUGAUUGUCUGUAAAAAUCUAUUAAUUCAUUGAUCAACUGUAAACUAUGCUGCCUCUAUUUCUCACAACUCAAUCUUUUUCAUUUCCAAUACUAAUUUGCCCCCCAAAGUCCAAUGUAAGGGUGAUUUUAUAUUCCUGAAUAUAACUAAUUUACAAAACUAUAAUGGGAUUUCCUUGCUUAUAUAUGACAGAAAUAUGUUGGCUCAAAUCAAGGGUAGUUUCUGAGACCAUGAUGUAUGGUCUUGUUGUAUUCGAGUGCAUUAUGUUUUAAGGUAUUCCUAUUAAUUUGUCCAACCAUUGUAAAUCAGUAGACAUUUUGCACUUUCACGAAAUUGCUUUUAAACUUCAGGAAUAUUAUGGGCCACGUUGUGGUGUUCCUGUCUUAGCAUUUUGUCACAUUUUGCUUGCUUCUUUAAACUACUGUAGCACCACGCAAAUGUUGCCUUAUCUGAAAGCUUUCCUCAGACUCUGAGGAUGCUGGAAAUGUAAGAUGAGACAUGUGACAUAACAGCUUGACAGCCAGGUCAUUCAUGAUUUCGGUCACAUCAGGGUUUUUAUACAUUAUUAUCUCUCUAUAUGCACCUAGUGAUAUCUCUCAUCUCCAGGUACCACAUAAACACGCUGUUUGUCUUCAAACUCAUUCCAUCAAAAAGGGAAUUCAUGUUUGUGCAGUUCUUUGUGUUGUAGCAGUUUACAGUACUACAUUUAAUAAUGCUUAUUUGCACCCAACAUGGCAACAAAUACCUGUGUGGAAAGAACCUCAGGGAGGAGGCUGUACUGUGGACCUGUAAAACAUGAUCUAUGACUCAGGAAAAACAAAGUUACCAGCAUACAUUGAUCCUGUAUUUUUGUGGUCUUACAGUGGCUGUAUAAUAAAAUCGGUGGGACAUUUUAGUUGCUCCCGUUACAGUGAU